AUGACUCUCUUCCCAGACCAAGGCCUGGGAAUGGCUGCAUACCGAGCCCCGUCCCUCUUUCAACCGCAUCAUGCCCGUCAAGCGUUGCGUGACGCCCACGAAGGAAAGAUCCCUCCUCUCGCUGGUCUUUACCUCGGACUGAGCACUGUUCAGACAGCCCGAUACAUUUCGCCUAUGGGAUUUGACCUGGUCUGGAUCGACUGGGAACACUCAGCAUGUAACGUGGAGACAAUGACCACGAUGGUCCACGAGAUAUCCUUCAUGAGCGAAGGCAAAACCAUUCCGUUUGUCCGGAUCCCCAGCCAUGAUCACGCCGCGGUGGGGUAUGCCCUUGAUGCCGGCGCCAGUAUCGUCGUACCGCAGGUGAAUACGGUGGCCGAGGCCAAGCAUAUUCUAUCGGCCACUAAAUAUGGAGCGAAAUACGGUGGUACGAGAUCGGCGCCACCCUAUCGUCUAAUUCAGGGCAUCACCGACACUCCCAUAGACAAGUCCAAAUCCAUCCACGAAAACCAGAAUGAACAAGCGGCCGUCGUGAUACAAAUUGAGUCUCUCGAGGGAUUAAAUAACCUUGACUCUAUAUUGACUGAGGUUCCCGAAAUUGACGGGGUGUGGCUCGGGACCAUUGAUUGUCGAGUCUCGAUGGGACUUCGCUGGGAGGCUGGGGUGGCGCCCACUGAGCCCGAAUGGCAGGAUACCGUUGCCAAAUUCAAGAAGAUCGUGAAGAGACAUAAUAAACCGAGUGGAGGGUUUGCAUUGGGUCCGUCAGAGAAGAUGCGAAUGAUGGGUGAGGGCAAAGCCAUGUUAAUUGUUGCCGUAGACACCGUGGCAUUGGUCGGUAUGGUUGAUGAGUUGAAAAAGGCCCGUGAAGUCUUCUCCCUUCCCAAUUGA